AUGAGGGUCUCGAUCUUAAUUUUCUCUUGUUUACUCUCAUUCUCCGUUUCGGAUAAAUUGAGUGAGACAGAAGACGAAGAACGUUCAAAGGAAUGUGGGAGAGCUAUAGACUCCAAAAGCCCUUCGAAUGACGAGUUGUCUCCAUGGAGUGUUCGCUUACAACUCAAACCAUUUUUUGUUUCUGCAUCUUUGAUUUCGAAGCGACACGUAAUGACAUCAGGAUUGGCUUUAAUGGAGACAGAAGACAAUGGAGCAACAUGGAAAUGGAAAAUGGAUGAAGCAGAAGUUGAUUUGAAAACCUGUAAGGAUGGAGUGAUGGAAGCUCCCACUGACUCAAUCACAGUAGAUUUAAAAGCAUGCAGCAACCAUUUUCUAUGCCCUUGGAUGCCCGGAAUUCCAGUCAAAUCGAUGCGUUACAUUGGAUCAUGCGAAUCUGAUAAACUCUCCAGUGGCCUCAUUCUUAUCGAAAUGGGAAGAGACAUCCCCGAUGAUUCAUCAUAUUUUACCCCAGUUUGUCUCCCUGAUUCAUCUGACGUGGUCGAUGACGGUGAAGAUCUUCAGGCUCAUCAAGCAUCCCAUUUAAAUUUUAAGCCAGUCAUAAAAAUUGUGUCCGCUAAGGUCAAUACAUCAAUUCAUUCUAAACGUUGUAGCACUUCAAUCAGCAAUACUGUAUGUGCAGAUAUGGAAAUGUGCUUGAACGCGUAUGGUGCUAGUCUAUUGAAAAAAUCGAAUGACAGAAAUACGGUGGUUGCAUUUUCGGGCUAUUAUCAAGAUAAAUGCACAAUACAAAAGUUCUCUUAUGUUGCGUCGCACAAGGAAAAAAUUUGUGAAUUGAGUGGAAUUUGCAAAAAAACAUCGACUCUCUUUACUCCUAAAUCAAAAUCACCCCCAACACCGAUUACGUUGUCAAGUGAAUUCAUUAAACUAUCUUCUGAGGAAAAUGAGGAAAACGCAAAGACUUGUGGAAUACCAUCUAAUCCUGAUUCUAAACUGGAAAGUGAGUUGAGCCCAUGGACCGUCACCUUAAAAGUGGAAAACGCACCCACGGGGAAUACAACCAGUCAAAUCUGGACAUCUUCAACAUUGAUUUCAAAACGGCACGUUGUAGUGGCAGCAUUUGCGUUAAUGAAUGGAAAAGAAGGUGACUGGAAUACUGUUCGAUGGGUUCCAGACGAUACAAAAGUAGACAUGUCAAAGUGUAAAAAUAAUGUAAUGGAGAUACCAGUCGAGUAUAUGAGAAAGACAAAAGUAUUCAUGAGUCCAUGCACUGAUAAGUUUCAAUGUACAUCUGGGUUCAAUCGCUUUGUGAAAUCGGCCGUUUACUUUGGAGUUUGUGAGCCUGAUCAAAUGGCAUUUGGAGUGAUUCUUCUAGAGUUGACGGAAGAUGUCCCCCCGCCUGGCGUUCCAAAUGUCAUUCCCAGCUGUCUUGCUGAAAAACGAAUGCCUCAGCUAGAGAGCAACCUCAAAUUGCACGCUCUCCGAGUGGAUAACAAGACAGGAUACGUCAGGAGUAUAAGACCAGCUCAGACCGUACAAUGUGAUAACACUAUAGAAUAUUAUAACAAGAUAUGUUUCACUCGUCCUACUUGUUCGAAGUACUCUGCUGGAGGACUUCUGAGAAAAGAAAACGGAAAGCAGAAACUGAUCGGAAUAAUGUAUUAUCACUCACCAGACUGCAAGGAAAAUGAUGCGAUAUCGAUUGAGGUUUUGGCUGAUUUUUUCUGUGUAUAUGCUGGAAUUUGUAAUGAAACGCCGGUUAGUUCAAAAUCCAAUAACAAUCAGCCAGACCCAACAGGUAAACUAAAUCCGAUAGUAACAACUCCACUGGUAACAACUACAACCACUAUCAGAACUGAUGCGCCCCAUAUUCAAAAUACUCAGACCGGGAAUAACAGAAAACAAGAAACGACGAUUCACUCCAAAACGGAAAGAACGACAACUGUGGAGAAUGCGAAAUCCACUUUGAGAGACAGUACGGUUCAAAGCUCCACCUCUGAGAAUAUAAUUGUAAAGAGAACAACUACGGAAAAUGGUUCUGUGAUUAAUGAGGAUGAGGAUGAUUACGAUGGCGAAGAUGAUAGAAAAGAAGACGUUGAGAAAGAUGGUGCCAAUGAAGAUGAUGAGCCAGAUAAUGGAACACAAGAGCAACCCAAAAAAGAAAAGCUAGUGCAGCAGCCAGAAGAUUAUGAAGGGCAAGGUUCGGAAAGCAACGGACGUGGUUCACAAGAUGGUACUGCAGUUUUGGAAUCUUCUUCUCCUCUUUUUACAUAUUCUGGAGUUUUGAUUCUAUUGACUAUUUUUUAUGUUUGA